AUGAAAGUUGUGAUUUUCUUUGAAGUUAUCAUAUCGUUUGAAAUCAUUUGGAAUUUGAUUUUUAGAAUGGAGAAUGAUAAACUGGGAUUUAUUUUGAGCGCUGUAGUUCUGCAUUAUAUAAAUUUUUUGAUCAAAUGCAUCUUAAUCAAUCUAGAAUGCCAGAAGUGGUAAUUUUGGGGUGCCUUAAUUGUGAGUGAGUCGAUAAGCAUGGGAUUAUUAAGCAUGCAGUGGUAGAACAAAAUAGAUCUGAUACAAGUAAAUAUUGAUGUAUAGAAGGUUUUAAUAGUUAUAUAAUGUGGAUGGGGAUUGAAUAUACAAUAAUACUAUAUUCCUGGAAUGCUCUUAGGGUUGUACUCCUUGAUACUGGAAUUUUUUAAAUAAGGAUCUUCAAUAUACGAUUUGAUCAAAACUAUCAUUAUUCUGAUUCUUUGUGUGCUCCUGGCUUAUAAGAUGAGGCCAGAACAGCAUAAGGAUAUGGAGGCUUCUCCGAUUCCAAAGGUGGAACUUCAAAUGUCAAUAAAGUUUGAUAUAAAGAAUCACAUUCUUGAAUUAGUUCCGUGGCUAACCGAAUAAAAAUUUAUAGUUUUUAAUGACAAAAUGCUCGUGCUUUACGAGUAGGCUCAAUUACUAUAAUUUUUCGACAGUUCUGUUGACGAGGAGGAGGAAAUGAGUGACUCAAAACUGGUGAAACAAUUGUUGGAUUGCAAAUGUGACUCCUUAUCCACUGGGUUACUCAAACUUUUAUAGGGUCCAUAACCCAAAAAAAGAGCAUUUUUGAAGCCUGAUUUGAAAUCGAUUUGUUAGACUCUCUUAGAGAAUGGCAACUCUAUCUACAACUAUUAUUCAGCUGGAGAAAUAGAAAGUAAACAGUUUAAAUUGCAGAACUUUAAAUUCAAUUUUAUAAUCUUGAGUGACAUCAGUUAAUUUGAGAACAUUCUCAUUCUCCACAUUGAACAAUAGUUGGAACGCAAGAACUAAUUUAGUAAGUCUUUGCACACCAUAAGUGUUCAUUAAAACCAUUCAAGUGCUAACAACUCUAAGACCGUAGACAACAAUACUAUUUCCAGUUCAUUACUCUAUAACAUCUUUUAGUCUGUUUCGCAUGAAUUUGGGACCUACUUGAAUUGUAUAAUGACUGUUAGUAGAGAAGCCUUGAAUAGUUCUAUGAUAAAGAAGGAAAUAAAAGAUGUGUUUUUCGAUCCCAUUUAGAUUAACUCGCAAUUAUUAAAUUACAUCCUACGUAACAUUCGAGAUUACAAUUCCAUCCUAUUACAACAAUUCACCUUAAAACUCUAAGAAUUUAGUCCCCAUUAAACUAUUAUGGAAAUCAUAACUCUAAUGGAUAAACAAUUAAAUUUCCGAUCAAACAAGGUCUAAGUUGAUUGUCCUGUCGAUUUAAAGGUAUAUAACGAUGCUGAGAGAUACAAAUAAAUAAUUUAUUAAUUACUCUCAAAUUCUGCCCGAUUCACUUCAGAAGGUACAAUAACUAUUGAAGUUACUUUGAAUCAAGACAAACUAAAAACCAAAAUUACAGAUACUGGCAUUGGUAUGAGUAUAUCAGAAUCUCAAAAAUUAAGUGAGAUGUUAAAAGACAAUAAAAAAAUGUUGAGAGUAUCUUCGAAUUCAGUUGGUUGUGGAUUGGGUUUAAGCAUUUCAAAUGCUAUCGUGUAGAAGAUGCAUGGAAAAAAAGGAUUAGAAUUCAAGUCUACGUAGAACAAAGGAACUGAGUUCUAAUUUUCAAUUAGAAAUUCUCAAUAAUUAUAUAAUGAGAGUGCGUAUCAAACUAGUUAAACUUAUUUAAAAAUAGUCAAUCAAAUUUACUAUGUCGAAUAGCAACCUUCAGAAGCCUCAAUCAAGCAAAUGUUGGCCUCUAAAUAUGAAGCCAGUUUGCGUAGUCAAAGCAAUAGUGGGGGGAUGCAUAGAGGACAAAGACACAUUAAGAGUUUCUCAAUUAGAAAGCAUUCAGCAGAAACCUAAUAAUAGUUUUUACAUCGGAUCACUGACAUUAAUCAGAUUAAACAGGAUAUCGAUGCUGAUUAGAAUGAUGAUGAAGAGGAGGAAGAAAAUGAGAAUGAUCCCAGCUUAUAUAAGCAAUCUUUAAUCGUAAUACCAAGUCUAGAAACCAAUUUUAAAACUUAAAUUGUACAAUAUGACAUUAGUUCUAAAUGUUGUAGUAGGGUUUUGAUUGUAGAUGAUGAAGUUUUCAAUAUCAUCUCAAUGUAACUUAUUCUUUCAAAAUUUUCAGUCAAAAGUGACAAAGCUUGCAAUGGUUUGGAGGCCAUUCGGAAAUGCGAGGAGAAGAAGCUCAAACCAUGCAAAAUCUGUUCUUGUGGAGGAUAUGCAGCCAUUUUUUUAGACAUUAAUAUGCCUCUCAUGAAUGGAAUCGAUACUGUAAGAAUAAUCAAAAAAAAAAUCAAUGAAGGUUCCAUUCCAAGGGGACUUUGCAUAGCUAACACUGGUUAUUGUGAUUUUGAAACCAAAAAAUUUGCUAUCGCUUAAGGUAUGGAUUAUUACUUCACUAAACCCAUCGAUGUCAAAGAGCUAGAGGCAUACUUGAAAGCUAAAUUUCCUAUUAACUUAUGA